AUGCCAUGCAAUCGAUGCCGCACGCGUCAUUAUCGAUGUGAUGGCAAGCAGCCGGCAUGUGCAAGGUGUGCGCAGGCGAAGAAAGAAUGCGUCUACGAAAGCGGUAGACGGUUCCGGCGGUCGUCAAUCUCGGAUUCGUUUAGUGUUGAACAACCUUGGGUGUCGUACCCUCCGCGAAUCCAAUUCUUGGACGAAUCGAGCGAAAUUCGCUCUCAAUAUGUACAGGAUGGCUACUCUCCGUUCGACAGCCCUUCAGUUCAUGCGCCAUCACCCAGCUGCACCCCUGGAAGUGCGCCGGGUACUGCUUUGACUCCAAACUCAACCUUGUUCACCCCUACGGAAAACCUCACAGUUCUGUCUUUACUGAACUCAGAAUCUCCUGUGCAACACCAAGCACCUGCGCCUCCAGCAUUACACGGCCACCGAGCAAACACGAGCACAUACCAGCCACAUCAGGAAGAGGGAGUUAGUACCUUUGUGUAUCAACAGCCUCCCGGUGAACCUGUGCUAUGGCCGUUAGAGCAUGAGCAAGAGGCAAUGCUGCUGCAGCACUACAUCGAGAAUGUCGCCUUAUUCUUCGACAUGGUCGACACCAGAGAUCACUUUGGGGUUCACAUCGUCCAGAUGGCCAAGCAGAAUAGUACCCUGAUGAACGCCAUUCUUGCGCUAUCUGCUCGUCAGCUUAGUCGCACCACCGAUUUCGACCCUUACAUCGCAGAUGCCUAUUAUCAGCGAUGCUUUGACACGCUGAUUCCAGCACUGAACGACAACGUCACCAUCAAAGAAGAGCCAUUACUUGCUGCGACCGUCAUCCUGCGACUCUUGGAAGAGAUGAACAUCUCAAUUAUCGGCUCCGAUCCCCAAGGCCAUCUGUUCGGCACCCAAGCUAUAAUUCGCGCUGCUGAACAGUCAUACGCUGCAACGUCUGGCCCUGAUCGGCGGCAGGCUAUCUACUGGGCUGCUUUCCGUCAGGAACUGUGGAUCUCACUCAUGACGCAACGCGCGUUCAAAUUACACAUCUUCCCCGCUGAUCGCUCACUCGAGCCGGCUAAUGACUCUAUUUGGGCUACACGAACGAUUGCUCACCUCGGCGACGUGAGCAACUUCGUCUUUGGGGAAGGUAGAAACAGCAUUGCUCGCUACAACCAACUGAUGGAUGAGAACAGAUCCUGGACACAGUGUAGGCCUGACAGCUUCGACCCAUACUAUUUCCGUCAAGAUCGAGAUGGUAGCGGGAGAAACUUCCCGGACAUUCGCUUCCACCAAAAGACCCACGUUAUGGGCACCCAGUAUAACCUCUUAGCUCAUAUGCUGCUGAUUGUACAUGAUCCGACGAUUCCACAACUCGGACCAGCACACAAAGCAUCACGCGCUAUUGUGGAUAGAACCGUGCAAGACAACGUACGCACACUAUGCGGAGUGGCCCAAUCGAACUCCAAAUGGUUUCCUUGCAAGUUUGUUGCCUGCUUCGCGAUCGCAUUAGUCGGCGAUCGCUUCACGAUUCGUGAGGAUCAAGAACAGCUUCGCGAUCUAUGGUAUGCCUGUGAACGAUCGCAUGGCUUUCCUCCCACAGCGACCAUCAACCAACUCGAAGAGUCGUGGGGUUGGCACAACUCUUGA